UUAAUGGUCCGCUCCUCCUUCUUCACCGCCCGCGUUGGUUGAAGCAAAAACAGAACAUCAUGGCGAUUGAUGGUGGCGAGCGUAACUGUGGAGUACACGAGCUGAUCUGCGUCAGAAAAGUCUCUCCGGAGGUGCUGGGGUUUCUGACAGCCAUCGGGCUCUUCAUCAUCCUCAUGACCCUCCUGUUUUGGUACCUCAACAACAAGUUGGCACUAGAUAACCCAGGGAGCCUUCAGUGCCUUGAUGACUUCAGAAAAAUCACAGAGCUGCAAGACAAGGUCUACUCUGACGCUGACCUGCAGGGCUCAUCGUCUGACAGUGAGGAUGAACUGAUGGGUCAGUAUCAGGAAGCAGUCAUCCGCUCCCAGGGCCUCCGAGGUGGAGCCAAGGCCACUGCUAAUGUCAAACACGCAGGAGGUUUCAGCUGGGAGAGCCGGCACAAGUACAGCCCUCUGACCGUGGAUUAUGACGGCUACAGCAGUGAAGCUUCAGCUGAUGACGCCAACUGUAUCCAGCGGAUGAGACGAACACCGCCUCUGGAUGAGCUUCAACCACCACCCUAUCAGGAUGAGAAUGGCUCUCCAAGGAUGUCCUGCACACUGUCAGACCUGGGCGACACCAAGUGUGAUCUCUCCCACACGAGUGGGAGUCCCCUCAUGUCCUUUGGUAAAUGCCCCAGUGAGGGCAGCGAUGUCAGCGAGACUGCGAGUUACCUCAACAAGGGCUACGAGGAGGAUGUACCCAGUGAUAGUACCGCCAUCCUCAGCCCAGAGGAUAUGUCAGCUCGUGGAUCAGCAGCACAGCUCCCUAAAGGGUACGAACCAGAUCCUCUUGCAAAAUAUGGCACACUGGAUGUGGUUUUUGACUACGAUUCAGAGGAGCAGCAGCUGGCAGUGACCAUCAUGGCAGUAACGGACCUUCCCGCCGUCAAACGCACUGGCAAUAUCUCCUGGCAGGUCCACCUGGUGCUGCUGCCCACCAAGAAGCAGAGGGCAAAGACAGGAAUCCAGAGAGGCCCGUGCCCCAUCUUCACCGAGACCUUCCACUUUAGCCAUGUGGAGUCAGAGAUGAUCAGCAAUUAUGCCAUACGAUUCCGCCUUUACAGCAUGCGACGGAUGAAGAAGGAGAAGGUGCUCGGGGAAAAGGUGUUCUGCCUCACCAAGCUCAACCUUCAGGGCAAAAUGUCUGUGCCAGUCAUAUUAGUGCCCUGCUGUGCUCUCCCAGGUGAUGAAUCCCAGAUCAGCCUCUCAGAUAUGACAUGCAGUGAAAGCGCCUCAUCAUUCCAGUCCAUCAGUCAGACUAAUACACCAGAGAUCCUUGUGGGCCUGGCGUACAAUGCCACAACAGGACGUCUCUCUGUGGAGGUCAUCAAAGGCAUCCAUUUCAAAAACCUGGCUGCCAACAAGCCACCCACUGUCCAAACCUUGUUGUCAGAUGGGCUGUUCUGUUGUCUAAAACACUUGAUAGGUGGACAGGUUUAUAUUAUCAGAGACACAUACGUUAAGCUGACUUUGCUGAACUCCAUGGGCCACGAGAUGUCCAAGUGCAAGACCUCCAUCUGUCGAGGCCAGCCCAACCCAACGUACAAAGAGACGUUUGUCUUCCAGGUAGCCCUUUUCCAGCUAUCAGAUGUCACGCUCAUCCUCUCCGUGUACAACAAGCGCAGCAUGAAGCGUAAAGAGAUGAUUGGUUGGAUUUCGCUCGGCCUCAAUAGCUCUGGAGAGGAGGAGCUCACCCACUGGACACAGAUGAAAGAGUCAAAAGGACAGCAGGUUUGCCGCUGGCACAGUUUGUUGGAGUCAUAACAGCAGAGAAGAGUAAGUGAAGAUAGUUUGCGAGGGUAACCGCACAGAGCAGUUGCCGUCCCAGAUGGGCAAGAAAUUAAGUUGACCUAAGAUGGAGUCAUGUGAAAGAUGUUCAGGGUGAAAUAAGAACCAACCCAUGUGUUUUGUUCACUUUGGUAUAGUAUAGCUUAGCAUUUUCAUGGUUCUGUUUGUCAAAUCCCUGAUAGAUAUUGAUCAGUCAUCUAGCUUGUGAUGCGAUGUCAUUAUUUUCAUGGGUUGCCUUUGAGUUUUUGCAGAUUGCACAAUUUUUCUUUUCUUUUUUUUUUUUUCUUUUCAAAUGAGUUGAACUGGUUGUGCUGGGGCCUGCUCCAUGAAGCAGGUUCUGGAUAACAUAAUAAUUUUGUGUACCCACACCUCAAGGUCAAAUAACUGACAUCAGGAUUAACCACAAUCUUGUCAUAAAAGUUUCAUUUACAAAUUCUGAGCAGAUUAUCAGAAAUGUGGCCCUUCACUUGGUUUUUCUGCCUUUGUAGAAUAGGUUUCUGUCAUGAACUAAUGGUUAACAAAAAGAAUAAGGUCCCUUUAAAAGCGAGAGGACUUGUUUUGUCAUUGUUCAGUAGAAGGUCAAUUAUUAAUUACUUUGUCACGGACCCUGCAUCAUCAUUGUUAACAGCCCUGGAAAACAGUUUUCUCAGUUUACUAUGUGAGGUUGGUUUCUAUGUAAAGAAAACAACAGUUUAAAGUUAAAAUAGUUUUGGUUAUUCCACAGAGAGGGAUUCUGUGUUUAUGUUCUUCACUGGAUUGAAGUGGGCAGAGAUUAUUUGGAGAAGGUGAUGCCAAGUGUUUCCAUGCACCAUUCAGAGUUGAGCAACAUUUGAAAUCAAAAUCAGAUGACAGCUGUGGAACUGUUUGCUCAUGUUACUAGUAGUUUAAACACACCACACUCACACAAUCCUAAUAAUCAUAAAUGUUGACUAAAAUAGUUUUCUUUUUCCAAACUUUAACUCAGACUGUUGUUUUAAACCAGGUUUCUAGGAGCUUUAAGUAAGUUUCAUAAUAUCAGUAACUGCCUUGCCAUUUUUUUCUUGCUAGCUAGCUCAUUGAAGAAAAUUCCUUGUUAUGACUGUAAACAGGACAGCAUGGGUGUAUUAAAGAGAACUGGGAAAUGUGUGACACAUCAUUUAUUCCUAUGAAAGGUGGUCACUGACUUCCUCAUGCUUCUGCUCUUUUUGGCCCAUUGAGCCUGUGCAUCUGAAACCUGUGCUGACAUCUUGUUGGUUUUAGACACAUGGCUCUUUUAGACUUGUUGGUCACUGAAUGGAUCAGAUUUCCUUGGAUUUGGGCAGCACCGGUGCCACGUGCUGCAUUAGUAAUCAAAACAAGCUGGUUGAGUUUCACCAGAUGUCUGUUGUUUGUAAGCCAGAGGUGUGGCUACAUGAAGCUACCGUCACUAGUUUGUCAUUAUUUUUGGGCUAGAAACUUCAAAUGCACCAGUUCAUCCAUACAGGAAAGACAUUAGUGAAACAAGUCAGGCUUGAGUUGAACAUAGCUGCGAUUUAGCUUAAAUCAUCAUUUUGUAAAUGUUGAUUAUUACUUUGACAAAGCUUAUUUCACCACAUUAAGACACAUAGUGUCUUCUGUAAAUUCAUAGCAAUUAUGGGUUGCGUUCAAACCUGUGCAGGACGCUGUGCAGAUGGAGACACAUUGAAGGGUAUUUUGAAGACCUAGUGGGCGCUGACCAAUUAGAAUAAGCCUACAGUAUAAUAACUUAUGGAGGUAUGAUUUAAGAGUUAAGUCAGAAUUACUACUUUCCCCCUUUCUUGAAUCACUCUCGCAGUCAACACUACCGAGGUGGAACAUCUCACCAUUGUCUGAUCCUCCAGUGAGCAAAACAAUAAAAUAAUUUUAGACAUUUUUUCAGGUACAUAAACUUUGUGACAAAUAACCUGACAUCACUGACAGCGGCAACGUCGUCGUUGAUGUUGACAUGAAGUUCAGAAGCAAUCUCCAAGAUAGAUUAAAAAAACAAAAAAAGCAUUUCUAAAUAUCAGAUAUUUUUGGAAAACAGCAGUUUGCAGAAGCUCUCACUGACUGAUUUAUAGAAAGGUGUAGUAGUUCCUGAGGUGGCUUGUGAUCUUGAAUUUCCAUCCGCCAUUCAGAAGUCACAAUAUCAUAGGAUGUUUCCAAUUUAAGAUUUAUUUUUACAAAUAUCUCUUGAAUAAAACAAACCUACACAUCACAGCAGUACAACUGAUAAAUGAGAGGAAAACAUAUGUUUUACUUUAACCUGCUCUGGUGCUGUAUACGUGCUAUUGCUGCGCACACAUACAUCCCCCUUGCCUUAUAGUUUAGUCAGUUCACACAUUUCUUGUGGACCAACUUCAAAAACUGACACCCUCAGAGCACACAUAAUUAAUAAUAAUUGCAGAAAGCACACAGAGUAAAGCACCACUCAGCCUUGCUGAAUGAAAUUCAGACCUCAUAGGAGUACACCCUGUGUACGGACGAACCCGCAGAAUGUGUACAGGCAGAUGGGUUGUAUUUUUAGCUGUGGACAAUUUCUCCAUUUAAUUUUCAGACAACAGAAAAUGCAUAUACUCUUUACUGUGCCUGUGGUGAAAGCUAGCUUUGUGUAGUGUUUACCAAGUGUGUGUGUGUGUGUGUGUGUGUGUGUGUGUGUGUGUGCGUGCGUGCGUGCAUUGACUGGAGAGGUACAGUAAAGGGGGUGUGGGGGACUGUGAAAUAGGUAGCUGUUGUAUUUUCUUGUUGGAUGUGACAAUUUCUGAGUUUAGUGACUGAUAUUUAGAACAAGAUAACCCACUUCUUGAUUGUCUGCCAUGUACUUUAUAUACAGUAGAUGUUUUCUUAUCUAUUUUUGUAUCAAUAGUCGGGGAGAAAUUGUGUCAAUGGGGUUAUUCAAAUAAUAACCCACUAUGGUGAGCAAUACUGUUCUGGAUUGUUACGCUUCAUUAUUUUAGUUAGUUCUAGAGAAUAAAGUAACUUGUCUGUGUCUGAUAGCUCUGGUCUUCUUUGCAUUCCCUUCUCUAAAACAGAAAGGGAUGUGAUGGACGCCAGCUGAGCUCAUCUCAAACCAGUCUGUCGGGACUUUGUUGCAAUGAUGCUUUCCAAAAGAGUGAAACCAAAGCACAGGCUUUACAGCACAACAGUGAAGCACACUGUGUGAAAGGCUGACAGUAAGAUCAAUGGCACACAGGGGAUACGUCAUAUAAUUAGUAGCUGUUAUUUUUUUUCACAACCUUUUGCUUUUGAUUUUACUUUAGUAAGUUAACUAUGUCUCGCCAUUUGACAAGCUGCAAAAAAGGGGAGUGGUGAUGUUGAAUCAACAGAAGGUGUGCAGGAAUGUGCAGUAAAUAGCUUUAAAGUGUGAUUAUUUGUCAGUGGGUGUCUGAUGGCAGACGAGCUCCAUAAUUAAGGCUGUAUUAUUAUCAGUGAAGAAGUUGGUUUCUGUGUACCUUCAUUUCUACGUAUUACCUGAGUUUCUGCCCGAAUGGGGAACACUGGUGACAAAAAUACUCUUCACUGGAAAAAAAAUCACACUAAAGGAUUAAUAAGCAAACUGUCCUCAGAGCACCACAAAUCCUUUGAUUAGUGUGAUUAACGUGCCCUUUAUAUUUUUAAGGUUAAAACCACAUUCUGCAAAUUAAUAUGGAAGCAAAAAAUAAAGGCUAAAAUUAUACUGUGUUUAAUCUUGCAGUGAAUACCAGGAUGUGAAAUGUAGUCACUAUUUUAUACAUAGAUUAUUUAAAUACCACUGAAUAGAUAGCUUUGAAAUACUGUAUUUUAUUUUGAAAAACAUUUGUCUGAAAUUAUGUGAUUACCAAGCGCUGAAUUCAAACCAAAUAAAUUCAGAUAGAUGGUUUUCAAAGUAAAAUAUUUCAUUAUUCAGUAGUGGCUCACAUGGGCGUUGCUAGACUUGAGGCUUUACUGGGGCACAGGCCCCCCCAUACAUAUAUCGAUAGAUAGAUACAGUUGUACAUUACACAGUUAUACAGUACACACGAAUAAUUAAUAAGUACUCCCUCAGAAAAAAAGUGGUUUAAUUUUUAUCAGAUGUCAUUUUUCAUUUUCAAA